UUAAACUCCGCCUCUAAAUCUCUGUCUUUGUCUUUGUCUUAGUGUUUCAGCGUACUAAUAACUGACAAGGUUAUAAUCUGAUAUGGGUUUUGUCUAUUUUUUUCAGUUCUUUGUUUUUCUUGCCACUUUUGCUGAUCAAGAUUCAGCUUUUAGUACUAUUUUCUAGCCCCCUUUAUUCAGAUUGGUCGAAAUUUGUGCAUUUUUUUGCUGUGGAAAGGGUUAGAAGUCUAGUUGCUGUAAAUGGGUGUUUGUGUGUUAUGUGAUGUUUCUAACCUAACUCAAUUUGUUUCUGUUUAAGAAUUUUGUUUUUACCAAAUAUGUCACGUUAUGCGUGAAAAGUACUGUUAGGGUUUAGGAUGUUUUGUUCCUGGAGUUUAUAACUGUGCCUUUGUCUUUGAAUUUCCUUGUCCAGUAGAUUGUAUACUUACUAGGAAGGUAAUAUGUGAAGUUUAAUGACUAGUUUUUGUGUCUUUUGCACCACCAUUUUCCUUUUUCUUUACUUUAUUGCUUGAAUAAGUCAUUAUUCAUAAGUUUUUGGUUUUUGAUAGUGAUUUAGAGCAUAGUAUUUUCAUCCAUCAAAUGACAACUUCUAUUUGAAGACACUUUAUGAGUCUAUGCAUUUCAUGGAAUUCAUAAAUAGCUUCAAAUUUAGUGUGCGAAGGUGGCCUUUCCUGACACUGAUUGGUAUGUUAAAACAGCUGCAAAUAAAUUGAGUUGACAUCCAUAAAUGGACAAGAAACAGCACAUUGCCAUCUUCACUACUGCAAGCAUCCCAUGGCUAACUGGAACUUCUGUUAAUCCUCUGUUUCGUGCGGCCUAUCUUGCAAAAGAUGGUAGGAUGAAGGUCACUUUGGUCGUUCCCUGGCUGCCGUUGAUAGAUCAGGAACACUUGUUUCCCAAUAAUAUCACUUUUAAUUCACACUUGGAGCAGGAAAAUUAUGUCCGCCAAUGGGUGGAAGAGAGGACUGGAUUUGCAUCUAAUUUUAGUAUACGCUUUUAUCCUGGAAAGUUCUCUCUAGAUAUAAGGAGCAUUCUUGCUUUGGGGGAUAUUACAGUAGUUAUCCCAGAUGAUGAAGCAGAUAUCGCAGUCCUUGAGGAGCCCGAGCAUCUUACAUGGUAUCAUCACGGGAAGAGAUGGAAAAAAAAAUUUCGCAUGGUCGUAGGAAUUGUUCACACCAAUUAUUGGGAGAUUGUCAAGAGAGAGAGGAACAUAUUGGUAGCACUUCUAAUAAAGUACAUCAAUGGUUGGGUAGUUGAUAUCUACUGCCACAAGGUCAUUCGGCUAUCCGCUGCAACCCAGGAUCUACCAAGAUCAGUGGUCUGCAAUGUGCAUGGAGUUAAUCCAAAGUUCCUUGAGAUUGGGCUGAAAACAAGAGAGAAGCAGCAAAUUCGCAAUCAAGCAUUCAGCAAAGGUGUCUAUUACAUUGGUAAAAAGUUGUGGAACAAAGGGUACAAGGAGCUACUUGAUCUUUUACGUGAUCAUCAAAAGGAACUAUCCGGAUUUGAGAUUGAUUUAUAUGGUAGUGGUGAGGAUUCUGCUCAGAUUGACGUGGAAGCUAAGAAGUUGGAAUUAGCAGUUAGGGCUCAUCCUGGACGUGAUCAUGCAGAUCCUUUAUUUCACGACUAUAAGGUGCUCCUUAAUCCAAGUACCACAGAUGUGGUUUGUACAACCUCGGCUGAAGCAUUAGCUAUGGGCAAAAUUGUUGUAUGCGCCAACCAUCCGUCAAAUGAGUUCUUCAUGCAGUUCCCAAAUUGCCGAACAUAUGAUGAUGGUGAUGGAUUCGUUAAAGCUAUACUCAAGGCAUUGGCUGAUGAGCCUGCCCCAUUGACUGACGCACAAAGGCAUGAGCUUUCUUGGGAAGCAGCAACCGAGCGCUUUCUUAGAGCAGCAGAGCUGGAUACUGUGCCAACAAAGAAGCAAUCAAAGACUUCUUCAGCUCCUCUUUCCUUGGCAUCAUUGAGUUUAACAAGAAAACUCGAGGAUGCAUCAGCCUUAGUACACUUCGUUGGGACAGGAUUUCUGAGCUCACAACCUGAUGAAGAGCAAUGUAAAGAACUUGGCUUGAAAGUUCCUCCAAAGAAAACCGGAUUUUCUUCUGGAAAAUGGAUCUAAAGCUGAGUCCAGUGUGUGACCAUUCAGAUUCUUUGUUACUAGUCGUAGAUCGCUUAUUUUUUAUUUAUUUAUAGCCAGCAAGAAUGUAGGAGUUGUCGUUUGUUUUAGUGAAGGUUUUACGGGGUAGAUCAACAAUCAUGGGAUUAAUUAAUCUGGUGUUGUAAAUUAACUAGCUGAUUCCAACUUGUAUGGAUUUGAGGCGCUGUUGUUUGAUAUUAAGAAAUAUUCUGCUGUA